AUGUGAGAAAGCAAAAAAGAGAGAUAAUCGUGCCCUGCUAUCAAAGGAAUUCUAACCUUUUCAAGAGCAGGCUACAGUAUUUGCGCUCCUCUCAGUUAACGUCCUUGGAAAACCCCUAUCUGUAUUGAUUGUGUGGCCGUAUAAACUACACCGCUCGAAUGUCACGAUGAUUACGAUGGAGCGAAAUGAGGAGAUUGAUUGAAUAUAUGAUAGCUAGAAAGGGAGGUGACAGGUUGCCAAGGUGAAUGUAGACUACGUUAUUCUAGCCCUCAUUACCAAAUAGCGCUCGUAAUUGCCGCUCGUCGUUCAUGAAAGGCGAUACCAAGGAACCAGAGGAUGUUCGCGUGGAACGGAGGCGUAGCAUCACUCACUGAAUGGCUGCAUGCUGUGGGGAUGGAGGGAGAGGAAGUAAUUUGCGCUCAAGGCAACAGAUCAAAAACUUUAUGAUAUCUGUAUUUACUUUAUUGAUAAAUACAUCCGAAACACCUUAGUUCACCUGUUUCUCUUGCUGUCAUAAACUGUGAGCUCCAUUUCACGCCAUUUCAAAUGGAACGGAGCGAGUACUGUCUCUGAGUUCAGUUCAUCAGGAUAACCUAUCAGGACGCAAGGAGACGCACUGGCAACAAAGCGUAACGUCAGUAGUACUCCAUAAAGGUGCUAAAAUCCAUCGCCUGGGGUUCAGCGCACCAGAGGGGGGACUCGGAACGCCUCGGAACCUCGCGGAGCCCAGCGUGAGUGUGUGGAACCCCUGGGUCUGGCCCUGUGUCCUGGAGGAGGCAGCUGUGGGACAGACUGACACGUCACGUGGCGCUGCUCUGCCUGACCCCCUAUCCAGGCCUCACCCCUCAGAGGGCCCCCUAAGUGGUGAUUUUUCAGGAUACCUGGACGGUGGAUGUGAUUUAGACUAUGAGUUUUGCAGUGAGACUGGAGUGAGAAUGUAGAAGAUCACCUUGUUUUACCUCUGAAGAACAACAGAACAUCUGAUUUGAAGUGACCUGCAGGCUGGAAAACAACUGAUAAUACCUGGCCUUUGGACUAGAGAAGAGCCUCUGAGACAGUGCUGUUGUUGUUGUGUGUGUGUGUGUGUGUGUGUGUGUGUGUGUGUGUGUGUGUGUGUGUGUGUGUGUGUGUGUGUGUGUGUGUGUGUGUGUGUGUGUGUGUGUGUGUGUGUAAGCACACUAGACACCCAGUCCUCUUAACAGAAUCAGGGCUGUUCUGUCACACUGAUAUAAGAGGAUUACAACUCAACAGAAGACUACACAUUCAACCAAACUCCUCUGGAGACUGGAGCCCUAUCUUUCUCUUGAAUGUUUUCCCUUGUCUCCUCAGUGGCAGCCAGUGCUAUUUGAUUUAACGUAUCUUCCCAAGUCUAGUUGGCUCCUCAUUUCACGCACCUCGGUAGUUCCAAGUCAACUAGUUCCUCAUCACCAUGGUGAUGUCCCAGGGCACGUACACCUUCCUGGCCUGUUUCGCUGGGUUCUGGUUGGUGUGGGCUCUCAUCGUCAUGCUGUGCUGCUUCUGUAGCUUUGUCCAGCGUCGUCUGAAGAGGAGGAGGGAGGAGAGGCUGAGGGAGCAGUGUCUAAGGGCCCUGGAGAUGGAGUCACUGGAGUGCCUGGGCACUGCGAGGUUGGCUGGGUACCCUCCAUCCAGAGAGCCCCUCCAGUUCUGCCCCCCGCUGACCCUCUCCCCAACGCUGCACAUUCCCAGAUCCCUCCCCCAGGGCAGCUGGGCCUCCCCACAAGAGACGGACGUGUUUGGGAAGCCCCCCUGCUACGAGGAGGCUGUUCUGAUGGAGGACCCCCCUCCCCCCUACUGUGAAGUGCUGGCUGACAGCCGGGGGGGCACCUACACCAAGCUCACCCCCCAGGGCUCCAGGCUGCAGCAGCAGGAGCCUGAGACCUCCAAGACUCCCCCUGUCACAGUGUUCUCUGAGCGGGGCUACUCCUCCUUGAUCCGCCUGCCCACCGCCCGACGCUGGGACUCCCUGGGUCACCUGCUCUCCACAAUGGACCUCAACCACAACACCCUCCCCACGGAGCCCCUCUCUCUGCAGGCCCAGGCCACCGUCACCAUGCCCCGCGAGGGCCGGACUCACACACACCCAGAGCUAGGGCUGAGAAGUAUCCAUGGGCUCCAGGGGCUCAGGGGGCUAGAGCAGAGUUGUGGCUUGCCCACAGCCUUCCCUCUGCUGGGUCGCAGCACAGCCGUGUAGGCCUGACUAACCCUCCUGGAGGUGGGGGUCAGACUGGAGCUAAGGACACUUGGUUGAGGUGGAGAGGCGUUGGGUUGGGUUUGAGGAGUUGCAUCUGGGUUGUAGAGUUGGACUGAUGAAGGGGAUAGAGGAGGAGAAAUGUCCUUCAGACUCCCAGCAGCCAGAGGUGUUGACAGAGUGAGAUGGGACACCCUUUCUAAAGAUGGUCUCUCUUCCCAGCCUUCCUCUCAUCCUCCCUCCAUUAUCUGUCUCUCUCUCUCCCUCCAUUUCUUUCUAUUCUCUAUAUCUCUGUAGUUGUGUUGAUCUCUCUAUUCUCUGCAGCGUCGCAGCCUGAUGCAGAGCAGCUAUUAUAUGAGUCUGCUGUUGCCAUAGCUCCCUGGAACUGUCUGUUGCCCAUGACACCUUGGGCCCCUAGCGACCUCUCCUCCUCGCCAAAUUUCUAAAGACAUUUUCAUAGCCUUUCUUUGUAUGACUGCAGGUUGAAAGAGGGGGAACUCUUUAAUGACCUGCAGUAGCUCUGUGUUGCUGUUUCUCUUGAUGUAUAGUAUGUACAGUGAAGGACCAAGAAAGACAUGUUGGGGCAUUCAGCCCAAGUAACUAUCGCCCUGCUCGGAGCAUUGCAAUGUGCAAUGGAAACUCUGUUUUGUAUUGAAAAAGCUCUUCUUCAGCAUUACUGUCAUAUCUUCAAGAUGUUCUGAAGUGGACUAUGAAUAUCAAUUUGAUAACCCCCAGCUGGGGAUUGUUGCUCCUCAGUGUACAGCAACUGCGUGUGUAUGUGUGUGCCUGCGUGUGUCUGUCUGUGUGUGUGUGUAUGUGGUUGCUAUCUGUCCACGAGAGAAGUGUUUUAUCAAUAUUGUGAUUGUAAAUCUAUUUCUUUCUUUCUCUCCCUCCGUCAUUAUCCCUCUGUCUUACUCUCAAGCUACUCAUCAGGCUAGAUGUCACUGGGAGACGCUCUCCUUCGCAUUGCCAUGGGGGUGCUACAGUACAUAUAGCAGACACCAUCACAGAAAAUGUCAUCUGUCAUGGUAGAAACACAAAGCUAUCACCAUGCACCAAGCAAUUGCAGAGAUGGGAUUUCUGUUCCUUUUCCUGAUUAAAAAAAAAAGUUUAUUCAGCUAUGAAAUGCUUUUGCAGGGGGAAUGGAAUCUAUCCAAUCCUGACCUCCCUUACUACCCUGUUAAGCCUAUUAGGAACAGUGUUACCACCAAGGUCCACCUCUUUGUUAUUAGCUGUUAUGUAACCCAAUUCAAUCACAUUACAUAAUCCACUGAAAUUAAUGGAGUAUUUGAUGGCCUGGGCUUACUUGGCAGUACCCUUGAGAUGCUCGGACAAAUUAGGAAGCUUGUCAGUGCAAAGCUGAAGUGCUGCCCUCAAGGAGCUUAUAUAAAUGUAGAGAUAGGGAACAUACAGUACCCAACGCCAGGAGAGAGAGAGAUGAGAGGGAGAGGGAGAGAAUGAGAGAACUACUUGAGGCCAUGAGAUAAUGUUAUCAUUGAGAGGUAAAAAGUAUUUCAGUUUGAAUCUAUACAGACAAUGUCACAGUUUGUCCUGGGUUCUAUUGAUAUAUUACGGUAGUUUGUUGUUCUGUGUAACAUAGCAUUGAGACCAUUACGUUUAUUUUGGAUGCUGUAACGGCUCUCGUCGAAAGGAGUGGACCAAAGCACAGCGUGCAAAGUGUUCAUGAUUAUUUUAUUUCAAAAAACACACAAACAAAA